GCUUAUAGAAGUUUAGCAGCAUUGGAACAUGAUUUACUGCAAGAAUAUAUUAUAUAUAAUACAAAGGUUCAAAUUGAUAAUGAAAUGCAAAACCUAAUUCCAAUUAAGUUAGUUGAUAUAAAAACAAAUUUUGGAGCUGAACAAUCUGAUAUAAAUGAUCCUGAAAUAAUAGAUCAA